AUGCUUCACCAUUGCCCUGAGAUGGGUGUCAGUAAGAAGCCUUCCUUUGUGGCGGAGACAGACUCACGAAUGUUAUUGGAGGCAGGCGAGGCAAAACCAAUUGUGGAGGCAGAUGGGUCAAUGCCUGUCAUCAAAGCUGAUUCGAGAAUGGUCAGUAAAGACCAAACAGGACACCCUCCACAAUAUGAAGCACUUCCUCAGUCGGAAGGAUCGACCGAGCGUUGA